AUGCCGACGCCGACGGAGUACUUUGGCUAUUCGGUCACCAACAUUGGCCCCUUGACCACGAGGUUCACGCCUGCGCCCUCCUGCGCAACGACCACGCCCAACGUUUAUAUCGAGACGGAGCUGGGCGAUGCAAGAGGGCUCUAUGGCUUUCCCAGCUGCAGCUUUCCAAAGUACGAAGGAUGCCUACCCAACGGAAAGGAAUUUGACGAGCUGAAUCGUCAAUUAUCUGCCACCCCACACAAUGGGAACCUUGUAUACCAUUCACCUGGACUGAGAUGCCCGUCGGGAUGGAAGCGGGUGGGCACCGUUCACGGCGGCACAAAACAACCAACGAGGCCGGAGGGCGCCUUUACCGAAAUCACAUCGGCGUCUUCAUCGCCGAACGGCGUUCCGGAACCCAUUCCGAGGCUGGAGGCAUAUGCCAACGUGCUCGGUCCGUCCGAGACUCUGGUGUGGUGCUGCCCAAGGGGCUUCCAGGCAAACAGAGAUGCAUUAUGCACCUCCGACUUGGGUCCUCUCUCGUCAGUUCGCUACUCACAGCGCUGUGAGGUGUAUUUGCCGACAGAGGAUCUGUUGACGGUAACGUCCUAUCAAGGCACGAUUUUGAGUGACCCUUUGGUUGUGGUCACCCCCGCGACAACCGGCAUUAGUACAUCUACGUAUUCUAUAGAUCCGACUGAAACCUCUGGUCUGGUGGUUGUCAGUGCUAUUCCCGUCGUGGCGCUGGUGUACAGACAGGAGGAUAGGCAAGGCGGGCUCAACUCGACUAACACGUCAGAGAUUGACGACAGUGCGUCGAUGAGGUUGAAGCCCAACGUUGUAGCGAUCGCCUUGGGCGCGGCGCUGGCAUCAUGGGCGGUCGCCACUAUUAUUUAG